CGGGAUAAGUUUCGUUUCUGCUUGUGGGAGAUUCACACUCCAUGGAUUCACAACAGUUACAUCUCUGCUCUCUUCUUCCAGAAUCUGCCAGGGAAACACGGAGGAUUACAAAUUGAAAAAAACAAAGGUUUCCUGAAGCUCAACCCACCAGGCCAGAUGCCCACUCUUAAGCCCCAACUAUCCAGCAGCCAGCAGAGAAUCAUCUGCUCUCGUCUGGGAAGUGUCAAACUGAAGCUGCUCUACAAGGCCAGUGUCCACGGUUUCACUGGAGCAGCUUUCCACCAGGAAUGUGACAACCUGGCUCCCACCGUGUCAGUGGGUUACAAUGCCUCAGGUUACGUGUUUGGAGGUUACACAAGACGACCUUUCUGCCAGUCCGGAGCGUUCGUGAAUGAUGAUCAGGCUUUUCUCUUCACAUUCAGUGGAGCAAAGCUCUACACGUUUGCAACUUCUAAUGCUGGAUAUGCAGUAAAAAUGAUUAGCACUUCUGGUCCUUUUUUUGGAGAAGCUUUGGCUCUCAUCCAUGGAAGCAAACCAAUAGUGUACAGCAAUCCAGGAAAUUAUUAUAACUUCACUGCUGUGGAGAUGCAUGGCAACGACCUGAACCUGACUGAGUGUGAAGUCUACCAGGUGGAGGAGACCACUGAACUCGAGAAACCAUGGAGGACUGUAAUCUGGGAACCUGAGAAGAGGAGGGAGCUGAUGGAGAGCAUUAAAGCCUACAAACUGACAACUAGCUCCGUGUCUCAGGCUCGGGUUUUACUUAUUGGACCGGUUGGGGCCGGAAAGUCCAGCUUUUUUAACUCCGUCAACUCUGUAUUCAGAGGCCACGUCACCAACCAGGCCAUAUCUGGCUUUUCUACCACCAGCCUGACAACACAGUUUCGCAGCUUCUCUGUGAAAGCCUGGCGUGAGGGAAAACCUCUGCCAAUCAUCCUGUGUGACACCAUGGGACUGGAGGAAAGUAAAACGGCGGGGCUUGAUAUAGACGACAUCAGCAGCAUCCUCAAAGGUCAUCUGCCUGAUUAUUACCAGUUCAACCCCUCUGCUCCUCUGCUCUCGGAGGCUCAAUGCUAUCGUAAGUCUCCGGGUCUCAAAGACAAGAUUCACUGUGUGGUUUACGUCAUCGAUGCCUGCAAGAUCUCCAUCAUGCCACAAAAUCUGGAGGAGAAGCUGGACACGAUCCGCAGAAAAGUCAACUUGAUGGGGAUUCCUCAGCUGGUGUUGCUCACCAAAAUAGACGAAGCCUGCCCUUUGGUGAAGGAGGAUUUGAGAAAGGUCUACAAAAGUAGCUACAUCAAAGAUGUGGUGAAGGAGGUCAGUACCCGGCUCGGCAUGCCGAUGUCCUGCGUUGUACCAGUGAAGAACUACAGCGAAGAGUUGGAGGUGAACAUGAAAUGCGACAUCCUGCUGCUCAGCGCCAUCAAACAGAUGCUUCGAUCUGUUGAUAACUACUUUGAUGAGCUCAGUGACCGACUGAGCUGUGUUGAAACUAAAGAUUAGGGAGUUUGUGAUCACACUUCCCUUAGAAACAUCCUAGAGAAGCAGUUUCAGUAGAAAACACAUUGAAUAUUGCAUGUCCAAUUGUCAGUAUGUUCAUAUUCAAACAUUGCAUGUCUUCCUUUACCAUAUAGUCAUGUGAUAAAUGUCAAAAUGCUAAUUGUCCAUAUCACGAUCAUACUGCAGUCAUCAGAACUGAUGACUUUUAUACUACAGUAUGUUGUCAUCCUUUCUGCUCAACACAUUCUAGUACUGUAGCUUGUUUUCCCUUUUAAAGGCUUAAGACAAAAACAAUCGCCAAUGACUGCUUCGAUCAGUGCAGGACCAGAGUGCAUCUGUAUUUCCAGAGGUUCCUUCAUCAUAACUCAUGAAAGCAGGCGUUCAAAUUUACAAGUCUGCUGUUGGGCUAGUUUUCACUGAAUAUUUUUGCCUCCCUUGGAAUGCUGGGAAAUGUAGGCUUCAGUUUUCUGCUCUGAGCUGUUCCUCAACUGCAGUAUUCGAGAUACUUGUUCGAAACUUGCUUAGAAAUGUUAACUUGUUUGUUAUAGAGGAUUUAAUAAAAAGAUAAGAUUCUAGUUUGAGUGGUUUUGUUGUUAACGCUGUUGCCUCGCAGCUCAAAGACUCCUGGGGUCAGUCCCAGCAGGAGUUAUAUAUAUAUAUACUGUAAUUGACUUAGGCUCCAGCAGAUACCUGCAACCCUGAAUAGGACUUUGAUGAGGGAGGGAAUUUUGUGGAAAUUGGGACACAAAGGGGACAUAAAGGGAGUGCUGGUUCAGUUAUUAGAGGUGUAUUAACAAUGGUCUUGCGAUAGUUAUUAAUUAUUAAUAAAGAACAUGACUUAUCGAAAUAAAGUAGCAGAAGGAAUCAAUCAAAACGGGGCACCAACUGACUUUAUCAGGAACAUAAUAACUAAACAGCAAAAUCAGUAUCAAAGUAGCUGUUAUUCCAUAUGUGACAGCCUAUUGCCAGGGGUGGCGUUACAGAAUAA